AUGGCUGAGAUCCGCCGAAAGCUCGUCAUUGUCGGCGAUGGUGCUUGUGGUAAAACCUGUUUGUUGAUUGUUUUCUCCAAGGGCACUUUCCCCGAGGUCUACGUCCCCACCGUUUUCGAGAACUACGUCGCCGAUGUCGAGGUCGAUGGCAAGCACGUCGAGCUCGCCCUAUGGGAUACUGCUGGUCAAGAGGAUUACGACCGUCUUCGACCUCUGUCCUACCCCGACUCCCACGUUAUCCUGAUCUGCUUUGCUGUUGACUCUCCCGACUCUCUCGACAACGUCCAGGAGAAGUGGAUCUCUGAGGUUCUGCACUUCUGCCAAGGUCUCCCUAUCAUUCUCGUCGGCUGCAAGAAGGACUUGCGGUACGACCAGAAGACUAUCGAGGAGCUCCGAAAGACCAGCCAGAAGCCUGUCUCCCCCGAGGAGGGUGAGGAGGUUCGCAAGAAGAUCGCUGCCUACAAGUACCUUGAGUGCUCAGCCAAGACCAACGAGGGCGUCCGCGAGGUGUUUGAGCACGCUACUCGCGCUGCUCUGCUGUCGCGAAGCACCCGUGGUAGCAAGCACAAGAAGUGCCUUGUUCUUUCAAUCUCAACUUGGCCCCGGCAGUUCGGAUACGGGUUCGUGGCAGCCAAAGAGGAGAAGGCUGUCGGCAUGCAUCGGUUUUCUCGGAAUCUGGAGUUUGAUAUCGUCUCGCUCAUGUCUGGUCCAUCGGCCUACGCGCCGACCCUUCUCGCUGGAUUGAUGGUUUUCUUGUCGGCAGAGCCCAUGGUUUCCUGGACCUCCUGA